CAAAACUCAUCUUUAACUGCAUGUUAAUAAUAGUAGAUUCCCACUGUGUAAUUUAUCAGCCACGUGACCAGACCGGUCCACUGUUGAGCUGGUAAAUUCUAUCUGGAGUAGAGUUUAGAGAUUUUGCAUCAGAGCGCACAAGGAUUAAACUGUUUACUACCAACAAGUGGACCGUAAACAUUGCGGAUAAAUUACUGAAGAGACAUUGCCAAAUAAAAAAUGUCUUCAUCAUCAUCAACAUCCAGAAGGAAUAGCUGCCGUGGAGCUGCGUGUGGAACCCGGGCAUCCUCAGAGUGCCAUACCCGCCGUAGGGGCUCCAGCUGUUCCUACUUUUCCUCUGGAGCACAAACUGAAGACUUUUCCGUCAGCCUGAGCCAGCCGAUAUUUACUAUAACUCUUCGGUUCUUGCUGGCUAUAGAUCUGUGGUUGUCCAAACGCCUCGGGGUGUGCGCCUGUGAGGAGUCUUCGUGGGGCAGCAUACGGCCGUUGGUGCGACUGGUGGAGUUCUCCGGGCAUGUCGUCCCUUGGCUCUUCGGUACCAUGUACACUCUGGUCCGUGGAGAGAAUGUGGCGGAGCAAGAGAUCAUGUUCAAUCUGGUCCUGGCUCUGCUUUUGGACCUCAUGCUGGUCAGAGUGGUGAAGACCUUGGUCAGACGUCGUAGACCUACCCAGAACCGCUCUGACAUCCUCUCCACCUUUUUUGUGGAGAGAUAUUCUUUCCCUUCGGGCCAUGCCACCCGGGCGGCCAUGUGUGCCCGGUUCCUUCUGGCCCAGCUGGUGGACACAGACUCCAUGCGGGUCCUGGUGGUGGGCUGGGCUACUCUGGUGAGCCUGUCCCGCCUGCUACUCGCUAGACAUUAUGUGACAGAUGUGGGCUUUGGCCUGGCCAUGGGUUACUGCCAGUACAGCCUUGUGGAAAGGUUAUGGGUGACCUGGGACUGCCUGCAGGACCUUUUGCUCCUGAGACUAGGGGAAAGACUCAACAGGGCUUACAGUGGACUGUGGAUAGCAGACUGGAAACAUUAGGUGGAUCUGUAUGUUGCAUGAGUGCAUGUCAGUCAUGCUACACAGUUAUGAUUAAUUACUGGAUCAUGUUAUAUAUAGUUGACUAUUGUUAUAUUAUGUGUAUUUUUCAUGUGUAUUUUUUCUCUUGCAUUAACCCAUAAAGACCCAAACAGCCACUGGUGACCAAAAGCAUCUACUGAUCUAAA